AUGCUUGACCUUCUUCUUGGGCUUUUAGAUCCUGUAUUCUAUGCCACCUUUCUUCUGGGUUUGGUGUCACUUGUGGUGGCAAAACUUCAGGCCCCUAUUCUGCUCAAAUACGGGAAAACUUUACCUCAAAGCGCCGGUCGUCACUACUCUGAGAGUUUUUGGGGACAGUUUCAGCGCCUAACGGUGCCAAAAGCCUGGUUUAGUCAUUUUUACGUUUACUCCGUAUUUGUUUCAAGCGUAAAUAUGUUCCUGUUGCAAUUCAACCUGCUUUCCAUUCUGAUAGCCGUGCACUCUGCCAGGCGGCUUUACGAGACCGUUUAUGUCAACGUUUCCAAACCCAGCGCCAGGAUCCAUGUGUCGCAUUAUUUGGUUGGAUUUUGGUUCUAUUCCGCAGUCAAUUACGCAGCUUCCACCAGCAGCCCCGAAACGUGGAGCUCGCUGCCAGUGAGAUGCUUGGCGCUUCUCUUGUUUGCACUUGCAUCUUGGGACCAGCACGAAAACCACCUACACCUCUCGAAACUGCGAAAAUACACGUUACCCACGUACGGGUUGUUCCGAAUCGUCGCCAGCGCUCACUAUUUCGACGAAUUUCUUUUGUAUUUCGCACUGACGCUGUUCACGGGGGCGUCUGCGAAAUUGCUAGUUUGCUUGCUGUGGGUGAUUGCCAACCUUUCCUUCUCAGCCGUGGAAACACGAGCUUGGUACUUGCAAAAAUUCACAGAGUCCACCCCAAGGUUCGCAAUUUUGCCUUAUAUGCUUUAA